AACUGAAUUGUUCCCCUUUAUCUAUUUAUAGCUUCGACGGUCUGAUUUAUACAUAAUUUAUUGGACGCUAACACAAUUUACAAUAUUAUACAAAAUCUGCUCUAGAAAGUGAUAAUAAUGCCUAAAAUUCGGAGAUUGGAAAUAGUUGUCGCGAAUCCACAGAUUGUGUAUUAUCCUGGACAAUGUAUUCGAGGACAGGUUAUUGUGGAACUUAACGAAGCUAAGAAAAUGAGAGGAAUCAGGGUAAAAUGCAGAGGACGGGCGUACAUUUACUGGACUGAAGGCUCCGGGGAUAAUAAGAGGCAUUACUCGGCAUCCCAGGAUUAUAUUGAUAACUCCAUCGUGCUGUUCGGCAAACCGCCUAAUGUAAGUGAGGAAACCAUACUACCUGCUGGAAAUUAUUCGUACCCGUUUGAGUUCGUACUUCCAUUCGGCAUUCCUGGUUCGUUUGAGGGACCCAUCUACCAGGGAUAUGUGCGCUACUGGUUGAAGGCUACAAUUGAUAUUCCUUGGAAGUUCGAUCCCGAGUAUAAGACUCUGUUCACAGUGGCCUCUGUCUUGGAUCUCAACACCGUGCCUAAUGUUAUGGCAAGCCAACAAGUUUCUGACUCCAAGACGGUGUGUUGCUGCUGCUGCGAAACCCCGCCUAUAUUGGCCAGUCUGAGGAUCGACAAGGCUGGGUAUGUGCCCGGAGAGUGGGUGGUCGUGAACGCGGAGUUUCAGGAUGGGACGGGCAGAGGUGUUCAAACUAUCUACCGGACCCGGACAUACAGCCGCCGCGAGAAACGCUUCAAGUCACACUGCGUCGUCAUGAAGCAUGGUCCGGUCAGUGGGGGCGGAAGUGACGCGUGGGUGAAUGAACGAUUCCAGAUACCUGCCCUGCCGCCGUCCCAGCUUCCCGGAUGUGACAUUAUCUGCAUUCAAUAUUUUGUGGAGUUUAAAGUGGACGUAGUGGGCACACCGUUUGACCUUGAGCUGCCUAUACCUAUAACUAUUGGCACCAUCCCCCUGCAAUCCACGGUACAGAUGUACAUGCCCUCAAUGUGGCCGUCUCCGGAACCUGUAGUCACUCAGCAACCAUACGGGCCGCCGUCAGGAGUAUCCCUUCCAUUUAAUAUGCCUUCGCCGUCUUACCGGGAGUGCAUGUUCGGCAAGGUUGAUACCAAAGAAUCUGACGAUAAGCACGCUGGGGGCAACAUGAGUUACGCACCCUCGUACAUCUACUACAACUGGAUGCAACCACCGCAGCCCUCAGCGCCACCCAUGACGAGCGUCUGGUAUAUAAGUGGUGCUCCGUGAAAGUUGGGACCCGGGUCCGUAUCAAGCAGCCGAUUCUUAGAUCAAAGUCUAAAAGUAAAGAAUAUUUUUAAACCUGCUAUCGUCUAAAAUUACUUGAAAUGCAAAUCUAGCAUGGUAAUAUAUAGAAAAUUGUUUUGUUAAGAAUAAUAUGAUAACAAUAUAAGCUGCAUUUUAGCUACUACAUACGUGUAGAAAGAGGUGAUCCAUGACGGCGAAGGCUUUGAUCUGUUGAUCAAAAAACCUUAACAUUUGAAUUUCCUAUCUAAAUGCAUUCGAUUUUUAAAACCUACAUUUCCCAACCCUAAGAUUAUUAUAAGCAGCAGACAUCAUAACACUUGAACAGACUGCUAGUAAAUCACAGGCUUAUCUGGUUUAAUGAUAGUUGCAUUUAGCUAGGCUUCUGGCAUUUAAUGUGGGCUCAGUUACGGCACGGCUGCAGUCAAUCGUGUUACAGUAAUUAAUCAACAUAUUCUUUAUUUUGAUGUUUUUGCUUUUGCCAGAAAACUCCUUGUCAUGUCUCUUAUACAGUGCCACUUUGACUAUGCCUGCUCUUUUUGGUACCCUGGUCUUAUUCAGUCACUUAAAAAUAGGCUUCAAACUGCACAAAACAAGAUGAUUAGGUUUGUUCUGAAUAUGGAUAACAGAUCACAUGUUGGUCAAGAACAGUUUUCACAUUUAGGUUGGCUGCCUGUUUCAAAAAGAGUAGAACAGAUCAUACUUUGUCAUGUACAUAAGAUUAAAAAUGGCCUUGCACCAGAGUAUAUGGGUGAGAAUUUUAAGCCAGUGUCUGGCGUACAUAAUCGUUGUACUAGGUCUAAUAUGGUAGCUCAGCCAGAAUCUGAUCAUUUUGCUGAAAAUUUUACAUUUGAAGACUCUGGUCGUUUUUCCAAACCAAGAGUAGGAAGUUUUGGUUCUAAAACAUUUACAUAUAAUGGUAUCUGUUUAUGGAACAAUCUUCCUCAAAACAUCAGGGAUGUACCUAAACCUAACAAUUUCAAGGGUGCCAUCAAGAAACAGUUUUUAGAGUCUUUAUAGCUUUUUAUAGUAUACUUUUUAUUAUGAAUUUUAUGUUCUGUUAAAAUACUGUGAUACAUUUUUAAGUCUUAUGAUCAAUAAGAUGCAAGGAUCUCAUAAUUAUUCUUUAACUUAUAGUAUGCUACAAAGUGUGUUUAUUAACUACCUAUGCAGUGUGUAACUUUCUUAUGCAACUUCUGUGAUAAUAAUGAACAUGUGAUUAUAUUUAUUAAUUCUUAAUCAGUAAUAUACUUUAUUAAACAGUACAUAUUUGAUACAUAUACAUUAUUAAAAUCUAAUACAUGACUGUUUCAUGGUUACUGCCACCAAUAACUAGGACCACAAUGGAAAUAAGUGAAAAUCAUUUUUCUCUUUUUUGUGUUACCCUUGUGUGUGCAUUCCAUGGUUUGCUAUGUAUAUUGCUGUGAUAAUAUAUUUUAUAUUGUCUGCAUUAUGUAGUAACUAUGUAAUGUUCAUAUGUUUACCAAAUAAAAUCAAUCAAUCAAUCAA